AUGGAGCCGGCCCGCAGCAUGGGGAGGCCUCCUCUCCAAAUGGUUUAUGUCAACUGCUUCGGGUCCCAUCGCUGUGGUUCUGUCAUCCGCUAUAGCAGGGGUGGUUGGCAGCCUGAGGUGGGCCGGGCCGGAUCUUCUCCUUCCCAGCCAAGCCCCAUGAGGGAGGCCUGGGGGCUGAGGGCAGCACCCAGGGACAAGGCUGAGCCACCCAGUGCUGGUGGCAGGGUGCAGGUGGUGGGGAUCUGUGGCGUGGCAAAGCCUGUCAGAUGCCACCAAGGUCAUCUUCGAGAGGAUAAGGCUGAUACCUUUGACUUUCCCUUCCCUUCAAGAAAGGUUGAUAAAGUAAUUAAACGGAAGAAGCAAAAGUCCAAAGUCUGGCAUAAAGUCUGGAAAGUCAUUUCAAAAAUGCUCGAAGAAAAUGAGAACUACAGAAGUCGCCUCUUGACUUGCAGUCGCUUUGAUGGAGCAGCUCACUCCAGAGUGCAGUUCAUGUUCAGAGCAGAGGCUGGUGGUAGCUGUGCCUUCUCGGCCUGCAAUGGAUGUGAAACUGCAAGCAUCCUGGGGUCAUCCAGCAUCAAGGCUGUACUGGUGCCUGAGGUUCUUGGGAGCUCCCACAGCUACUUUGUGGAGCUGGCAUUCACAGAUGCUGCUGCUAUUGCCAGAGACUCUGUCACUGAGCAGUCAUAA